AUUCUACUCGGCAUCAUGUCCGGAGCCGCUGGACUCAUCGGAUGGCAUUUCUCCCGCUCGCCCACCUCUGCAACCUCGGAGGCCAAUGUCGCCAAGGUAGAGCACAGCGAGCCUUGGAAGGAGUCUGGCGGGGCUACAGCGUACCAGUACCACCCCGGAGGCGACAGGAACGCCCCCAAGAAGGACGCCCCAUCGCCGCUAAACAGCGUCAUCAUCCCUAACGUGAACCUUCCCAAGGAACUACACGACCGAUUCAACAAGUGGGGCAAGGAUGAUUACUAGAGUUUUACAACAAAGGAGUAGACAAUUUGAGAUUCGAGGCAUUGUCGAUUUCACAUGGGGGCCCUAUGAAAUUUGUAGAUAGGCUGGGUCCCGGAGCUGUACGAAUUAGAGCAACUGGAAUUUCCCUGUCUAACUGACAUGCAAUAGUAAAGGUCUCCAGCGUGUCUUGCCCAGGCAUAAAGUCUGUUUCAAACUUAAUUACGCUAAUUCAAGCCCUAAAGAUUCUCUCGCUCACUUCAUCAUGCCGGUUACCGACACUUCAG